UUUCGUUCAAUUUUUUUAAUUAAUUAAUUAAUUUCUUAUUUACUUACUUACGCAAAUAACAAAUUAAUAAAUCACUAAGUUAGUUAAUUGUCAUAAUAGAUAAAAUGAGCCAAAUAAAGGAGGAUUAAGACAUUAAUUUUAAACUAGAAUUUCAGAUAAUGUAAAAGAAAAUAGAGAUUUUAGAGGUUAAACAAGACUAAAUGAGGAUGGAGAAACUGGAGCUACAAAAAUAAAAUGAAAAAUACUCAUAAGAGUUAGAGAUAUAGCAAGUAAUAGUAAAUUAAAUGAAGUAGCAAAUAGAUACUUUAUAAGCCUAAUUAUAGGAGAGAUACUCUAAAUCUUGCGAAAAUUUGUCAUCAGCAUCAAAAGAAAUAUAGAAUAUGCUUUCAAAUAUAAAAAAUGAUUAGUUUAUUAAAGAAUUAAAUUCUGUUAGCACACAAGAAAAGCACGAUGAAUAGAUUGUAAGAACAAGAUCUUCGGUUUAAUUUUAAACUGUUUAAGAAAUCUAACAAAGCGACCAACCAGGAAACACUUAGGGAGAUUAAUCUAUUUAGAAUGAAAUUUAAACAAAAAAGUCUAGCUUUUAGGUUUUGCAAGAAGGAUAAAGAAAAAGCUUUUAUAAGCCUUUAGAUAGAGAUUUGAAAAGAAGAAUGGAAGAAAUUCAUAGCACAAGCGAUAGUUUUUUUGUUGAUAAUGGAAUUUCAUUUGAUAUAGCAGAUUCCCCUUUUUACAAGGUUAAUGUUUGCAGGGUUGAGAAAAGAGCAGAAAAUAUGAAGGCAUUUUUAAAGAAAUUUGCUAAAAAUCUAAAAGAUUUAGUUAAAAAUGGUGAAAUAUACUCUUAAACUCUAAAAGCUUUGUCAAAAGAAGUAUCUCUCAACUUAAAUUUGGUCGAAGACAAUAAGGAACUCUUUUCCAUGUUCACUUACACUUCUGAAUACUUCAAAGAUUUGACUAAUUUUUAUGAUGCUUUAAAUUUUAAUCUAACAAAUCUUGUCAUUUCUCCUCUUAAAAACUAUACAAACGUAGCUCCAGACCAGCUCAAAGAUAUCAAAAAAAAAUUUCAAAAACUUUAAGAAGAAUUUGAAGCCGUAGAGCUCAAAAAUUCAUAAUAGAAAAAAGCUACUUUAUAGAAAGACAAAAACCACUAUAGCAACAUCUCAAAGAAUCAUUUAUAAGUUGCAAAGUAGUAUGAAUAAAUAAGAUAUGAAUAUACUUGCAAUUUAAAUAAGUUACAGUAUGAAAUGAAUACAGAAAUUUCUAAUAGUAUUUGUGCUCUACUCCAAACCUUUGCAACUUUCAAUGAGCAGUAGCAAUUAGAAAUGAGAUAGUUAGACAGUUAUUUAAGAUUGUUCAAAACUCCUCAAAAUUUGAAAAAUGAAUAUUUUGAAGAAAUGCAGCAUAGGUUAAAUCAAUUAAAAAUAAAAGUAGAAAAUCCAAAUUAAACAGUAACACAGUAAGAGUCAAAGAAAAAAUAAAAAGUAAAAGGAGAAUAUUUGCAUUAUAAAAGUCAUAAAAGCAAAGAGUUUAAAAGAAAGUACUUCAUACUAGAAAAAGGAAAAUUUUAUGCCAUAAAAAUUAAAAAAGGAAUCAUUCAUAGAGAGCAACUAAGUGCUCUUGAGUUAAUUAAUUUUAAUGAAUUUUCUGACUGUGAUUUUGCAAAUUCUUUUGAAGUGAUAUCUCCCUAAAUGAAAAAGCCAUUAGUCCUAAUCGCUCCAUCCAACCAAUCACUUCAAGAAUGGAAAUUAGCAUUUUAAAUGGGAACUGAAUCUUAUUUAUCGAAAGGUCCAAUCAUGAGAGAUAGAGAUGAAUCCAAUUAAGAUGAAUUGAUUUACUAAAUAAUUUAAAAUAAUAUUUGUGCAGAUUGUUCUAAACCUGAUCCAAGCUGGAUAAGCUUGAAUUUAUGUGUUGUCAUAUGUUUAGAAUGCAGUGGAAUCCAUAGAAAACUAGGUCCAAGUAUUUCUAAGGUUAGAUCACUCAAAUUAGAUAACAUUCCAGAUGAUAUUUUAGAGUUUUAUUUGUUUAACGGUACAGGAUAUUUGAAUGAAAUGUGGGAGAAGAAUGCAUCGAAAGAUUUAAAACCAACAUUUGAAAGCACAAGUGAGUAGAAAGAAAAUUGGAUUAAAGCAAAAUAUGUAGAUUAAAAAUUUAUAGAAAAAGACUUAUCUAGCAAUUAAAUAGAUUUAAUGUGCAAAGCUAUCAUUUCAAAAAAACCAAUAGAUAUUAUAAAUAUAGUAUUUUCCAGAAGCAUACUAUUGGAUAAACUCUAUCAAAUUUAAUCAAUGUAGUAGACUUUCCUACAUUACGCUUGUCUUAAUUCUAACGCUAAAGUUGUUUCUCUUCUAAUAUAAAUUGGAGCAGAUAUUAACUCCUUAAAUUCAGAAAAACAGCGUCCAUUAGACAUUGCCAAGCAAGCAGGAAAUAACGAAAUAUAUUAGUUUUUAUUAUCCAAAGAGUGAACGAUAGAUAGAUAAAUAAAUAAAAAGAUAGAUAAACUGAUAAACAAACCCUUGUUUUUUAUGAAUUUUUAUAAAAUUAAUUCAAACAUAAAUAAUAAAAUUUUAAAAAUAAUAUAAUAGUUUAAUUUAUGUACAUAAUAUAUCUCAUAAUAGUUAUUAUUUUUAUAAUUUGAAAGUAGGAAAAAAUUAAUCACUGUUUAU